UGCUGCUGUCUGUCUGGGGACUUAGCGUCUGAGCCUAAGGUUCACCUCAGCUGGUUGGCAAGUCUCAGGACUUAGCGUCUCAGCAAGACCAGCAGCUAGAGGUUCCAGCCUACGCGCCUAGCCGACUUGCCUGGGAGUUAAUUCUCUCGGUUGCGACAUCCGCUGGCAGCUCGGCGCGUUGUGUGCUGUUAACUCUCGCCCGAUUCGUUGAAGUGGCUGCUCUAGUGGCUGGCCACCCAUCUCUGCCCGUGGACCCUUGGCCGCCACGCCUUGCACGUGGAGGGUUCUAGGCGGUCCGCUCGACGGUUCCAACGUAUAACUUAACCGAGUCUUCUCACUUAGGGGUACCUGACCGCACCUCCUGAUCCGCACCUCCCGCAAUGGAUUCCGACGAGGAUGCGCCUUUCACAGCCAGGCGCGCGAAGCCCGCUUCCGCUCCCGCGCCAGUAUCGCGUCCUUCUCAACCGCUCCGCCCGCACACCUCUCCCGCCGAUCGUCCGCGACCCUCGCCCGGCGGCGGGAGAGGCGGCGGAAGAACCGGCGCAAAUAGCGGCGUCCGCCCGCCAACGAAUAGCGAGCCGCGCCACGCGUCGGAUGACGACGACGACGUGCCGCUGGGAAAGUUAGCGGCCGGCGCGGGCUCGGCGGCUCGGCCGGGGGAUAAACGGCCGGCGGAGCGGUAUCCGGGGAACGGGGGAGGGCGCGACGGCAGCGGAGGGGGUCGCGACGGGCCGAGUCCGGCGGAAAAACGCGCGAAGGCGGAACCAGUGACUGUAAAAGGGGAGAGCGAUUUGCGGGGUUCUAGGGAUGGGAGAAACGCGGGGAAUGGGUCUGGAGGGGCGGGGAGGGUGAAGGCGGAGGAAGGGAGAGGCGGGCAGGCGAAAGCCGAACGGGCAGACGACGACGACGACGACGAGAAGCCGAUUAAGAGCUUGCGCCCGGGCAGCGGUCAGGGCAGCGGGCAGGGCAGCGGGCAGGGCAGCGGGCCGGGCAGGGGCGUGAAAAAAGAGGAGAGUGAGGAGGAGAGCGAGGAAGGGAGCGAGGAGGAGAGUGGGAGCGAGGAAGAAGGGAGCGAGGAGGAGGGGAGCGAGGAGGAGGGCAGCGAGGAGGGAAGCGAGUCUGAGAGCGAGGAGGACGUGCCCCUCGCCAAGCGAGCCGGGGCGGCUUCCGCUGCUGGUGCCAAACCAGCGGCCAGAGCGCCAGCCAAGGCGCCGACAAGACAGGCGGGCGGGGCGGGGAAGGGGGCGGCGGGUGCGGGGGGGGCGAAGAAGGGGAAGAAGGAGGACAACUCGGUGAAGUGGAAGACGCUGUCGCACAACGGGGUGAUCUUCCCGCCGCCCUACACGCCCCAUGGCGUCAAGAUGCUGUACAACGGCAAGCCCGUCGACCUCACGCCCGCACAGGAAGAGGUGGCGACCAUGUUCGCUGUGAUGCGGGAAACAGACUACGCAACCAAGCCCGUGUUCCUCAAGAACUUCUGGGCGGACUGGCGCAAGGUGCUGGGCGCACGGCACGUGAUCCAGAAGCUGGAGCUGUGCGACUUCACGCCCAUCUGGGAGUGGCACCUGGCGGAGAAGGAGAAGAAGAAGCAGAUGACCACCGAGGAGAAGAAGGCGUUGAAGGAGGAGAAGCUCAAGGCGGAGGAGAAGUACAUGCACGCUGUGAUAGAUGGGUUGAAGGAGAAGGUCGGCAACUUCCGCGUGGAGCCGCCAGGGCUGUUCAGAGGGCGGGGCGAGCAUCCCAAGAUGGGCAAGCUGAAGCGGCGGAUAAUGCCCGAAGACAUCGUCAUCAACAUCGGCAGGGAGGCGCCCGUGCCUGAAUGCCCCAUUCCCGGCCACAGGUGGAAGGAGGUGCGGCACGACAACACGGUGACGUGGCUGGCGUACUGGUUCGACCCCAUCAACCAGAAGGACUUCAAGUAUGUCUUCCUCGCGCCCAGCAGCCGCCUCAAGGGGCUCUCCGACAAGGAGAAGUACGAGAAGGCGCGCAAACUCAAGGACCACAUCACCAAGAUCCGCGCCACGUACACGAAGCACUUCACCUCCAAGGACGAGCAGAUCCGCCAGGUGGCCGUGGCCACGUACCUCAUCGACAGGCUGGCACUGAGAGCAGGGAAUGAGAAGGAUGACGACGAGGCGGACACGGUGGGCUGCUGCUCGCUCAAAGUGGAACACGUCACUCUCGUGCCACCCUCCUCACUGCAGUUUGACUUCCUGGGAAAGGACUCGAUCCGGUACUUCAACACAGUGGAGGUGGAGCCAUUGGUGUUCAAGGCGAUAGGCGGGUUCAGGAAGGGCAAAAAGAAGGACGAGGACCUGUUUGACCGCCUUGACACCACCAAGCUCAAUGCGCACCUCAAGGAGAUCAUGCCGGGGCUCACGGCUAAAGUGUUCCGUACCUACAAUGCGUCCAUCACACUGGAUACCCUGCUGCAAGACACGGUGGGCAGCGUGGUGGCGGAGAAGGUGGCGGACUACCAGCGGGCCAACAAGGAGGUGGCCAUUCUGUGCAACCAUCAGCGCUCCGUGUCCAAGGCACACGGCGCGCAGAUGGAGAAGCUGCAGGCCAAGAUGACCGAGCUCGAGGAGGCGGUGGAGGAGAUGGAGGAGGACCUGGACCGCGCGCGCAAGGGGCGGCCGCCGGUGAAGAGGGAGGGCGAGGGCGCCAGGAAGGUCAACCCCGAGGCGCUGGAGAAGAAGAUAGCGCAGUCGAAGGCGCGGCUGGAGAAGAUGCGGCUGGACAUGAGCAUCAAGGACGAGCUGAAGACGGUCGCGCUGGGCACGUCCAAGAUCAACUACAUGGACCCGCGCAUCACCGUCGCCUGGUGCAAGCGCCACGACGUGCCGAUCGAGAAGAUCUUCAACAAGUCUCUCCUUGCCAAGUUUGGAUGGGCCAUGGACGUCUCACCAGACUACCGCUUCUAACAGCCCAUGCCUCGUGCCUCGUGCUCCGCAAUCGCACUCGUCGAUACAUCCAAUCCAACGCAUCACUUGCUCUCCGGAGAGGCCCGCACGGCCAGGACACAGCCAAUUUUCCUCAGUUUCAGGUGGCUGUGUGGGUGCUGCAGCAUGCCUGUGGCUGUGGCCUUCUCCAGGGUGCCAUGUCUUGUUGAAUGAGUGGAGACCGUUUUAUUUCUGGCAGUUACAGCUGCUGCGCCUAUUUUUUUGUAAGGUUGCUGUUCCAUACAAUCUGCUUUUGUGCUUCUGUUUCACCACAAGCAAAAACCAAGCUGUAAUGGAUUCACUCAUGUUU